CACACCCUUUUAUGGAACAGUGAACACAUUAGCAAACCGCUUACUAAAAGAACAUUUUCAUCGUUAUUUUGAGGUUAUAAAUUAAAAUUGUUUACUACUAACCACGGUCUUGGAAGAUAAGGUCGGACACAAGGUGGAUAUAUAGAGGUGUAAACACUCUGAUUAUAAAUUGAUUGAAAAAUGUACACCAUUUGUGAUUGCCACCGGGAGCGCUGACUACCCGAUGAAGGCUCAUAAUGUUCGUACUUCUAUACGAAAAUACGAUUUACAAUGCUGAAUGCUUGCAAGUUGUAAUGCCAUAAAAAAUAAAAAUAUAAGAUAUCAAUUUAAUUUAAAUAAUGAAUAACUUAGAUGGAUUUUUAUUAAAUAAUUUUGAAACAUAAAUCUAUCUUCAAUUAUACAAUUAUUGAUAAUUAUCCACAUUUUUUUUGGGAAUAUUGAUUUGUGGAGUAGUUGUAGACAUGUUGCCUACCUAUUUGUGUUAUAAUUAAAAAUUUAAAUUUAUGAAUUUAUUGUAAUGAUUGUCAUAUUGAAAUAUAUUGAUUAAAGUACCUACCUAAUUGUAAAUUUGUUAUUUCCUUAAUUUGGUACCACUACUUGUCAUAAUAUGUUUAUUUUUGUAAAAACAUAUUGUAGUUAUUCUAAUAAUGGAAUUAUUGAAAAUACCAUCUCACUACUCAAUGUCUCUAUGGAAAUUAUUUAUGUGUAUAAUAAUAGUACCUAUUUACAUCAUAUUAUUAUCCUAGUGUACCUCUUUUGGCUUUUGCAUUCUUUUAAGUAUCUACACAACCUACUUUUUUUGUACAAAAGGUGGUAUGAAACUUAUUUUUGUAACUUAUCGAGUAUUGUAGUAUGCCUCUUAAGUGUUUUGUACCUGGGUGUAACUCUGGGUUACCCAAACAAAAUAAAAUAUACAAACAGCAGGGAGUAAAACUGCCUUCAGUAUUCCAUCCUCCUGAGAACAUGAUUGAUACAUGGAAUUUAAAAAUUCCACGAGCAGAUAGAUUAUUAACCAAAAAAGAUGGAGUAUGUGAACUCCAUUUUGCUCCUGAAGAUAUUAUUUCAUAUAGGAUAUUUGAGGAUGCAGCAGGAAAUGAAAUAAAACAUCAGCUCAAGAGAGUUAGUUUAAAUGCUAACGCUAUACCAUGUAUUUUCCUUAAUUUACCAUCUUAUUUCAAUAAAAAUAUUAAAAAACGAAAACCUCCAAUGGAAAGGUCAAUAGUACCAAACAAUCGCAAAAAGAAUAAACCCAGUGAUUUAAAGCCUGUAAAUGAAAUAAUUAAUAAUCCUGAAUUGGUCACUGAUAUAAAAGAAAAAAAUAUAAUUGAACCACUCAGCUACAAUGUUCAUACUGAUGCAAAUAACAUUAAGUUACCAUAA